AUGGAUGCCAGCACCCAUAAAUUCUAUCCUGUACACGGCAUUGAUUCUAGAGAACAUCUGGACACAUAUUUAUCUAGUAAACCAGGCAUGGCCUUUGCAGACGAUACAAUUAAAUUUCCAAUGGAAUGUUUUCACCAUGUAUUCAGUGAGGGUCACAUUAAGGGAGACCUUUUGAUUGACAUCAGUACUGGAUCCUUCAUUCAUCAACUCUAUACAGCCAGUGGAUAUUUCAAACAGAUCCUUGUGCUGAAAUGCUCUGAGCAAUGUAUUAUGGAGCUGAACAAAUGGAUUAACACACGUACCGGAGCAUUUGAUUGGUCUCACAUAAUGGAAUAUGUUAAAUGCACAGAAGGAACCAGUGACCAGCGUCAGCACAAAGACAUGACAUUGAAGACAGCAAUAACAAAGAUCAUGAAAUGUGACAUUGACAAUGAGAAUCUCACAGACCCGGAGGUGCUCCCACCAGCAGACUGUGUCAUCAGUGUAGCUUUCUUGGAUUUCAUCAGCAAAGACCAAGAUGAUUAUAUAAAUAAUUUCAGAAAAUUUGUGAAGCUACUAAAACCUGAAGGAUACCUGAUAUUGUUUGGGACUUUAAAUACAACUUAUAUGAUGGUUGGGCAGGACAAGAUACAUGUGUUCAGAUAUGAUGAGAAAUUUGCAAGAAAAGUUUUCACUGAUGAAGGGUUUGUUAUUGAUCACUGUGCAGUCCAUAAAAAAACAGCAGAUAGUGACCUUACUGACUAUGAGGCAUUUAUGUUUAUUACAGCUCAUAGACCGUAAUAAGGGCCUGAUUCUGAGUCACAUGCUUUGUCGGGUGCAGUUAAACAUUUUCUUUAUACUGCGCAUGUGUCUAAAUAGCAAUGUCCAUACAUCCUGAUUGUGUUUGUACACAUUUAAAGUAGCUUUGACAUACACACGUAGAAGUGUAUUGAAAAUGUAUUAGGUGUUCCCAGAUGUCGGUUCAGAGAAGAGGGGGCCCAUAUACAGGUUCUGUAUGGGCCACCUCCUCUCCAUUUGUGCAGUAGACUCUGGCUUCGUGACACAGUUUGCUCUGCAUGCGCAGGUCUCUGAGAACUUGGCACCUGCACCUCGAUCCCAGGGAAAAUCUCUACUGCGCAAAUCACAAAGAUAAUGGCCACAGCAGACACUUUCCCUAUGAUUUUUGCAGCUCUGCAGACAAUGCGGGGACAGCGGAGUGAAAAGUAUAAUUAUAAGGGUGCAGGGUGUGCGGUGUGUGGGUUUGAAAACAGUGGGCGUAGGCCCUCAUUCCGAGUUGUUCGCUCGCUAGCUGCUUUUAGCAGCUUUGCACACGCUAAGCCGCCGCCCUCUGGGAGUGAAUCUUAGUUUAGCAGAAUUGCGAACGAAAGAUUAGCAGAAUUGCGAAUAGAAAUUUCUUAGCAGUUUCUGAGUAGCUCCAGACUUACUCCUACACUGCGAUCAGUUCAGUCAGUUUCGUUCCUGGUUUGACGUCACAAACACACCCAGCGUUCGCCCAGCCACUCCCUCGUUUCUCCAGACACUCCCACGUUUUUCCCUGACACGCCUGCGUUUUUUCGCACACUCCCAGAAAACGGUCAGUGUCCGCCCAGAAACACCCACUUCCUGUCAAUCACACUACGAUCAGCAGAACGAUGAAAAAACCUUGUUACGCCGUGAGUAAAAUACCAAACUUUUGUGAAAAUUUACUUGGCGCAGGCGCACUGCGAACAUUGCGCAUGCGCAGUUUGCGACUAAUCGCUCCGUAGCUAAAAAAAAUAACGAGCGAACAACUCGGAAUGAGGGCCGUGGUUCAUAAUCACAUAAUUCCUGCAAAGUCAUGCCCCAUAUUUGCCAAGUCCAUGUCCCCUUUUUGGGUGCAGGAGUCCCUACUUCACCAUGGAGAAUGUUAGGUGGUUUGUAUGUGAGUGUCAUGGAAGUGUUGCAGGUAGAGAUGUGUCCACUUAAACCUUUUUUAUACUUACCAUGGCUAAACUUUUUUCUACAUGCAGCGAGUGGAUGGAUUUAAAAAAAAAAAUGUUUCCCAUAAUAGAAUAUAUAUAAAGUAGCAUAAUAAAGCAUGGCUAAAUCUCUGAUUCUAUGGCAUGCCAAACUGUGCCAUACAUGGCAGGAUAUAGGAAAGGUGUAUGAGGACAUAUCUGUACGUCGGUGAAGUGGUUGUGUAUAGAGACGUUUAGAUGCUCACAUUGGAGGUCACACUCAGAUAGAAACUCUGCACCUAGCAUGGGGAUGAGGUAAGUGUCUAUGGUGCGACUGAUGGUGGUGUGUAAAGACGUGCUGAGCGGUGUUACAGCAUCUGCAGAUGCUGGAGGUCAGAGUCUCAGUCCUGGCACAGUCAGACGCAGCUUGUACACCAGGGGAAGGGCUUUUACCCGCAUUAGCAUAUAAUUGCAGACACAACUACACCAACAGAAGCGGCCCCAGCAUGUGACUCAGAUCAGUCCCUACUGUAAGUCUGAGAUGCAAAUAGACAUAAAUAUACCAGAUCUUCCUGUCAAUUUGCAAAUGAUAAACCUUAAUAAUAAAUAAUCACAUAUAUUACUGUACAUUUAUAUUGAUCUGAUGUUAAAACCUGAUUAACAGAUAAAGUAAUUGUCACUUUUUGAAGUUUACUGUGUGAUUAAAGAG